GAAGCUGGAGCUGUACUCCAUGGCCUGGGGACUGCGGGAGGACCUGCGUGACUGUGUGGUCGCAGCUGCCCCUUACGGGGGACCCAUAGGUGCCCGCCCAAUUCUGGAGAUCUACUCGGCCUCGGGGCUGCUCCUGGCCAGUGUCCCGUGGAAGAGUGGCCCACUGGUACACCUGGGCUGGACAGCAGGGGAGGACCUGCUCUGCAUCCAAGAGGAUGGGACUGUGCUCAUCUACAACCUCUUCUGCGAGUUCAAGCGCCACUUCAGCAUGGGCAACGAGGUGCUGCAGAACCACGUGCUAGAGGCCAAGGUGUUCCACACGGAGUAUGGCACCGGUGUGGCCAUCCUGACCGGAGCUCUGCGCUUCUCCCUGGCCACCAACAUUGACGAUCUCAAGCUACGGCGUCUGCCUGAGGUCCCUGGGCUGCAGAAGGCGCCACCGUGCUGGGCCGUGCUGUGCCAGGACAGGGUGACCAUGGUGCUGCUGGCGGUGGGACAGGACCUCUUCCUGCUGGACAACACCUCCUGCUCCGUAGUGACCCCCCCAGGGCUGAGCCCCUCGGCAGGGCCUUACGUGCACAUGGCUGUGUCCUUCAACCAUCGCUACUUGGCUCUCCUCACCGACAGUGGCCACGGCUGGAUGGGACUAGCCACCCUGAAGGAGAAGUUCUGUGAGUUCAACAGCACCAUCCGAGCACCCCCCAAGCAGAUGGUCUGGUGCACACGCCCCCGCAGCCGGCACCGAGCCGUGGUGUUGGCCUGGGACCGACAGCUGAUGCUGCUGGGCAAUUCCUCGGAAUGCAUCCAGUUUGUCCUGGAUGAGGAUUCCUACCUGGUGCCAGAGCUGGAUGGGGUCAGGAUCCUGUCCCGCAGCUCCCACGAGUUCCUGCACGAGAUCCCAGCACCGAGCCAGGAGAUCUUCAGGAUUGCCUCCAUGGCUCCGGGGGCUUUGCUGCUGGAGGCACAGAAGGAGUAUGAGAAGGAGAGUCAGAAGGCUGAUGAGUACCUGCGGGAGAUCAAGGACCAGCAGCUGCUCCCCGAGGCCGUGGACGAGUGCAUCGAGGCCGCAGGCUACGAGCAUGAGCCUGACACGCAGAAGUCACUGCUAAGGGCAGCAUCCUUUGGGAAGUGCUUCCUGGACAAGUUCCCCUCAGAGAGCUUCGUGCGCAUGUGCCAGGACCUGCGGAUCCUCAAUGCCGUCAGGGACUACCAGAUUGGCAUCCCCCUCACCUUCACUCAAUACAAGCAGCUCACCAUUGAGGUGCUGCUGGACAGGUAA